AUGAACCUUUACAGAAGUUGGAAUGUGUCCCUGCUUGAUAAAGGGGACCUUGCCGAAGCUAUUCACAUGCACCUGCAAAGCAUCGGAAAAUAUGUCAGAGCACAGGACAUUGUUGAUUACCUUGCACAACCCAAUGUACAGCAGAAACACGGCCUGAAGAAGACAAUUUCCCUCGCAACUGCUCAACGGUGGAUGCACAUGAUGGAUUUUCGCUGGACAAAGUCUCCGUCAGGUCAAUAUGUUGACGGUCAUGAACGUGACGAUGUCGUUGCAUACCGUCAAAAAAAAUUCCUACCAUCGAUUGCAGAACUCUUCAUACACAUGCGUGCGUGGAAGGAUGGUCUUGAAGAAGCUAGUGACGAGCCUUGCCCGCACACCCAGCGUGUCGUCUUGUGGUUCCAUGACGAGUCCACAUUCUAUGCCAAUGACCGUCGCAAAGUUUACUGGGUGCAUGGAAAUGAAACUGCGAGGCCUCGUCCCAAAGGGGAAGGGGCCUCAUUGAUGGUCGCAGACUUCAUUUCAGCUGAUUACGGGUGGCUGCGCUCAAGUUGUGGUGAAGAAUCUGCCAGAAUACUUUUCCGUGCGGGAAAAUCCCGGGACGGCUACUUCACCAAUGCAUCAAUCCUCCAACAUGCUGAAUUGGCCAUGGACAUCCUUGAUCGACACUACCCACAUGACUGGCAUGUACUCGUCUUCGACAAUGCAAGUACCCACUUGAAACGGGCUGACGAUGCACUUUCUGCUCGUCGCAUGCCGAAAUUCCCCACGAAGCCUGGGAACAUCCCAUUUGGAGUCGAGAGAACCGUGAUAGGCAGCGACUGGCAAGCCAGUUCAUGGCGCUGAUGGCAAGGCACUCAAUGAAAAAGUUUGCAUGGCAGAUGGUGUGUUGCCUGAUGGGAGAGUACAGUGUUUUUACUUUCCGGAAGGUCAUGAACGUGCUGGCAGAUUCAAAGGCAUGGCCGAAAUUCUCAAGGAGCGUGGUUUUGAAGGCUGCGAAAAACUUCGUGCGGAGUGCCCGAACUUCCGAUGCAACCCAAACAUCAAUCGUUGUUGCUGUCGACGUUUGCUAUACAAUCAGCCCGACUUUUUGAAUGUUAAAUCUAACAUUGAACUUGCUUGUGAAAAACGCGGUUACAAGGUCCUGUUCUUGCCGAAAUUUCAUUGUGAACUCAACUUCAUCGAGCAGUGCUGGGGAUUUGCCAAGCGCCAUU